CUACUCGCCUGGCUACCUCCUUUUGCAGGAAAAGGAUCUACCUGGAAUAGCUGUGUAGCCCGCUAUAUCCUGUCAUUUUGGGGGAUUUUAUGUGAAUAUUUGUUUGAUCAUUUUUGGUGGCAGACUCCUCUGUCCACCCAGCACUAUGGACUUUCCUGAUUUGAGGUUGGUCAGAAUGGAUAUGAAGAGGGGAACCCUCGCCAAAACACAUUCUGCAGCUCCUUUCUGGAACGGAUUACAAUUUUCCAACUGAAACUCUCCACGGGAACAUUGUUGCCUAAGGUCAACUGAGGUCUUAACUGUUACUGAAGAAAUAACAUUGAAAAAACUCGUUUUUACUAUUUUGUAUAUUCAAAUUUGUAUAUAUUUUUUUUAUCCAAGUUUUGAUUUCGGGAUAGUAUACACUCUGAGGUAAGCAUGGUGUUGAUGAAGGUAAAGUUUGACUUGCCGAAGCGGGUGAAGCUUGCCCAGGGCCUGUGGCUCAUGUACUGGCUAGCAGUGAUGACCGGCAUUCUGGUCUUCAGUCUGGGGCUGUUCUUUAAGAUCGAGCUCCGGAAGAGGAGUGAGAUGAUGGACAACAACGAGAGCCAUUUUGUGCCCAACCUGUUGAUUCUAGUUGGCCUGGCUGCUUGCGGGGUAAACGUUUUUGGCGGCAAGGUGUGCCACGACUCUCUGGAUGCUUUGAAGUUCGCCAAGUGGAAGCCCAUGGUCAAGGGCUACCUGAUGGGCUGCUUCGCUUUCAACAUCCUCCUGUUCUUCACAGCUCUGCUGUGCUUCUGCAUGCAGUUCCAGUUGUACUUUUCCCUGGCUGAGGGUCUGAAGAAUGGGAUCAAAUACUACAAGGAUACGGACACACCUGGGCGCUGCUUCAUGAAGAGGACGCUGGACAUGACCCAGAUCGAGUUCCGCUGCUGUGGCAACAACAACUAUAGGGAUUGGUUUGAGGUCCAGUGGAUCAGCAACCGCUAUCUGGACUUCAGCAACGAUGAGGUCAAAGACCGUGUCCUGAGCAACGUGGAGGGGAAGUUCCUGAUGGAGAGUGUGCCGUUCAGCUGCUGCAACCCCGGCUCCCCCAGACCCUGCAUCCAGCACCAACUGACCAACAACUCAGCCCACUAUGACUACGACCACCACACCGAGGAGCUCAACAUCUGGACCCGGGGCUGCCGCGAGUCCCUGGUCGCCUACUACGGAGGCAUGAUGAACAGCAUCGGGGGCCUGAUGCUACUGUACAUCAUACUGGAGGCAGGAGUGAUGGUGGGCUUACAGUACCUGACCACUUCUCUGGAGACUAUGGCCGACCCAGAGAACCCGGAGAGUGAGAGCGAGGGCUGGCUCCUGGAGAAGAGUGUGAAGGAGACGGUGGCAGACGUCAUAGCAAAGAUCAAGGGCCUGGUCGGUGCAGGGAACCAUGUGGGGGAGGUUGAGGAGGGGGUGGCCACUGUGAGUUGAAAGGGUCUCACCCAAAGGGACUAUCGACGGGAGCUCAAAGAGAAAUAGAAGGAGUGAGAGGAGAGACAUCUUGCUCGGUGAAACAACACAUACUCAAACAUACACACACAGACACAUCAAUGGACACAUGCACACACCCUUUGAAAAGUGAACAACUCAACCAACUCCUCACAUGAAGGGAGAACCAAACAAAAAAAUGUGAAUGUACAGAUGAAGUCGGAAGUUUACAUACACCUUAGCCAAAUACUAAUAAUUUGUCUAAGGUGUAUGUCAAAAUUUUAAAAAAUCCCU